CUCCCUUCGCCCUUUUUUCUGGAAUAAUAGAUUGCACCCGGUGCUCUUUUCUCGGGAUUAUUUUGUGGCUACAUUUCUCUAAGUCCUGUUUCAUGGUGCAGCAUCACAAGGAAUCUGUCAAUUGUCGUUUAUUUUUUUUUUUCUUUCUUUUCUCUUUUUUAAUCGGAAUAACGGUCACAUAAUAAGAAGACUCUCUGGGAGGAAUUUAAGUUCCCUUAAGUGCGUAAUUGGAGAUCACGGUGUGUAUGGUGGUAGUGUUACCAGUGCUCCUUUUAGAGCUGUUGAAGUUGUGCCUCUUUUCCUUUUAGUAAACGCUUAGUACCCUCUUUUUCCAUGGAGUAGAUUACAAGGAAAGACUUGAAAAGAGCACUUUCCUCCUCUAUCGCCUGGGACAAACAGGCGAAUCUGGUCUUCAGAUUCUCCGGAGGAUGGUAAAUGACCGAUGGGGAAUCAUGAACAGCUCUUCUGAACUCGAAGAUGGGACUCGGCAUAAAAACCAGACAUUCUGUGAGUGUGUGCCGAGCUCCUCCCAGCUCAAACACCGCUGGUCAGACUCAGAAACCGCCAGAGAGACCCCGCCCAAGAGGAUGAGCUGUAGCUACCUGCUCUGCACUAUCCUGCUCUUUGUGGCGGUGUUGCUGGCUGUCACUGUAACUGGAACCAUCCUCUUCAUGAACCACUAUCAGGCCCCACCUAUGUCAGAUGGCUUACCCCACAUCUCAACCAAUCAGGAUGAAGCCAACGCCCUGGUCACUGUGGAGAGGGGGGACGGCUCACGUAUCAACAUCUUCAUCGAUCCUAACUGUCCUGACUACAACAGCAACUUCUUGCGGCUAGAGGGCGUGCAGACCUCUCUGCUCCACUCAUUGACUGACCACGACUCAGACCUGAAGUCUGUGAAGGGCCAGGAUCGGGCUCUGCUCGUGAGCCUGGCUGAGGAGGUGGCCAAGUUGUCAGCCCACGCAGGGCAACUGAAAAUGGACUAUGAGUCUCUGCGCAGGGGUCAGGGCAGCCUGGGGCAAGACCUAAACACACUGCAGACUGAGCAGGGACGCCUCAUACAGCUGCUGUCGGACAGCCAGAUCAACAUGGUGAAAGUGGUGAACUCAGUGAGUGAUGCUCUUAAUGCCAUGCAGAAGGAGAAUGUGGGACUGAAGGCUCGUGUCAAGGCCGACUUGCAGAGGGCACCAGUCAGAGGGGCCCGUUUCAAGGGCUGCUCCAACGGCUCACGGCCCCGUGACUGCGGUGAUCUGUAUGCCAGUGGUCAGAGGGAGGAUGGCAUCUACUCCGUGUUUCCUAUUCACCACCCUGCAGGCUUCCAGGUCUACUGUGACAUGACCACAGACGGAGGAGGCUGGACUGUGAUCCAGCGCAGAGAGGAUGGCUCAGUCAACUUCUUCCGAGGAUGGGACUCCUACCGUGAAGGAUUUGGCAAGAUCACUGGUGAACACUGGCUCGGGCUGAAGCAGAUCCAUGCCCUGUCCAUCCAAGGGAACUAUGAGCUGCGUAUUGACUUGGAGGACUUUGAAAAUAGCACAGCAUACGCACAGUACGGCACCUUUGGAGUGGGCCUAUUCUCUGUGGACCCUGAUGAUGACGGAUACCCUUUGACUGUGGGAGACUAUUCUGGCAAUGCAGGUGAUUCUCUGCUGAAGCACAAUGGAAUGAAGUUCACCACCAAAGACAGGGAUAACGACCACUCAGAGAACAACUGCGCCUCCUUCUAUCACGGCGCCUGGUGGUACCGUAACUGCCACACCUCCAACCUUAAUGGCCAGUACUUGCGUGGGCAGCACACUUCCUAUGCUGAUGGCAUCGAGUGGUCCUCCUGGACUGGCUGGCAGUACUCCCUCAAGUUCUCUGAGAUGAAGAUUCGGCCCACCCGCGACCCCGAGGGCAAAUGAGAAAGUGAAAAGUUACGGGAGAGAAAAGAAAAAAAAAAAAAAGAAGAAAGCAUUCAAACAUUUUUAAAACAC